UACUGAUGCCUUGUUUGAUCUCUAGGAGGUAGCAGGAUAUGGUCUUCCUGAUCUGUGCAGCUCCUCUAGUUAGUGAUCCUCUACAGCUGUUUAUGAGAAGGCCCCCUUUAAAGAGUGGAAGGCUGCUAUAAGGUCUCCCUGGAGCCUUCUCUUUAGGCUAGACAACCCCAGCACUCUCAGCCUGUCUUUGUAUGAGAGGUGCUCCAGCCCUCUGAUCAUCUUUGUGGCCGUCAUCUGGACUUGCAGUAACAAAUCCAUGUCCUUCCUGUGCUCUGAACUCAAGAUUGAAUGCAGCACUCCAGUAGACAGAAAUGGAACCCCUGGAUUUGUUGAGAAAUUGUUUAGUGUGCAAAUGGGACCUGCGGAGAAGAGACCCCAGAAUGCUGCCUUGCCUUCAUUCCUUCUGUAAGGACUGCCUUCCAGAUUUGAUUCAAGGAUAUAGCUGUAUUCCCACUGAGUAUGAAGUUCUAUACGGAGGUAUCCUUUCCUGCCCUGUGUGCAAACAGACCUGCUUUGCAAGGGAUGUAGUUGAAAAUUCCUUUCUCAAGAGUUUUCCCACUAGUAAUUCAACUAUGGCAAAGAGCUGCUCCAUGUGUAAAGAGAAGAGACCUGCUCACAGUCUCUGUACAAGCUGCAACAAGUGGUUGUGCAGCUCAUGUACAGAGGAACACAGACAUGGCAAGGAAAACGAAGACCGCUUCCUGUCUGUAUCCCUGAAGGGCUGCACAGAUGAAGCAAGUGAGUUUUCCUUAUGUUGUCCAGUGCACACUCAAGAGCCACUCAAGCUGUUUUGUGAGACCUGCGAUACCCUUACGUGCCACAGCUGCCUUCUGACAGAGCAUAAGGAUCACAGGUUCAGACAUCUCGAUGAAGCUUUGAAAAAUCAGAGAGUUAUCCUGGAAAAUGUCGUAACAAAAGUGGAAGAGAAAAAAAAUGGGAUUCAGAUUUCAGCUAAACAGAUUGAAGACAGGUUGCUUGAAGUAAAACAUUUAUACAAUAAGGUAGAAAAUCAAAUAAAAAUGGCCAAGAUGGUUUUGAUGAGUGAAAUCAAUAAACGAACAAACAUCCUUCUUGAACAACUUGAAAAAAUCACUAGUGAAAGGAAGCAGAAAUUGGAGCAACAACUGCAAAGUAUUGUGGUAUUAAGCAGACAGGUAGAACAUGUGCAGAACUUCAUCAGUUGGGCAGUAUGCAGUAAAAACAGCAUCCCAUUUCUCUUCAGUAAAGAACUGAUUGUAUUUCAGAUCCAGCGCUUGUUAGAUACAAACUGUAAUACAGACAUAGGCCCUCCUCUGAAGAUCAGAUUUACUUGGGAUCCCUCCUAUUGGACUAAGCAACUGUCCAGUUUUGGAGGUUUCACUAUGGAAGGUGGACACAUAUCUCACUCAGAUUUGCUACUCCGUGGAAAUGUGCAAGGAUUACAGACCUCCUUGUAUCACGGGCGCCGUUCACCAGCAUCACAGCCAGUGAAUAGCCAGCCACAUCAGUUUCUACCUGCGGUACAGUGUCCUACAUCUGUAUGUUGUUCACACUACAUCAGUGUACCUCACCCAAACAGAGCUCAAACUUCUUACCAAGAUGUAAACCGCCAUCAAAAUUUUCGACAACCUCCUGAACUGCAAGAGCAGCACUUUCCUCUGCAGUACAGCAUGCAGCAACGUGACAAAGAGCAAAGGAAUGCCUUCCAACCUAUGAAGCUAACACAGUCUGGACUGGGACAGAAGUCGCAGUCAGAGUCAGAGAAUGUGUCUGGGAGGAUGGGAAAGCAAGCAUCAUCCCAGCAGGAGCAGCAGACUGCACCCCUGGGUUAUGCUGUUGUAUCACAUGAGGCUCAGCAAGUUGACAUGAGCCAUCCGCAGCCAUUCUGCACACAGGCUUCUUUGCAGACAUCAACUGUGCAAGUGCAACUUGGUCAUCUCCAGAAGAUAAAAUCUAACCACUUGCAGCAGUUGCCACAGCAGCAGCAACUGCCACCAGCUUCACCACCAUCAAGGCAGAAUGAAAACACCCAAAAACAAGUCAUCCAGCAGAGCCUGGACAUAAUGCACCACCAAUUUGAACUGGAAGAAAUGAAAAAGGAUCUGGAGCUUCUCCUACAGGCCCAAGGACAGCCCAGCUUGCAGUUGAACCAAGCCAAGCCACCUCAACAUGUUCAACAGACCAUAGUUGGUCAAAUCAACUAUAUAGUGAGGCAGCCAGCCCCAGUUCAGCAACAAAGCCAGGAUGAAGCACAAGUCAGUGAGAGUUCCACAGAACUUGAUGCCCAGAAGCCUGUAAUUCCUCUUGACAAAAGCGAUUGUCCCUUCCUGUCACGGUCACUAGAUGAGGAAGCCAGCAUCAGCAGUCACUCCCCUGAGAGCACAUUGCAACAAUCAGUUUUUCAUCCAGUGAGAAAGCAUUCGGCAUCCUCAAGCAUUGUGGGCUUUUCAAACAAUUUAGAAAUGGAAUUACCUUCAGCAAGGUUAUCUAGCUUGGCCAAUCCACAGAUGCAAGGUGUGGCUGCUGUGACACUUGGCCCAUCCCCAAAUGCCCUUUGUGACUGUGAUACUCCACCAGAGUUGAUGCCCAGCUACAAAUUGGGAUUGGGCAGACCUCCAAGUGACCUGAGCCCUGGGGCUGCCUCUGGUCUCACACCAGGUGAUGCACUCCAGGACAACAUUAAGUGCAAGCUGGAAAAUGAAGACUUCAACAUUGUAGAUCAUCCUCUAGAAAACAACUUGGCUACUUCUGGGCGAGAUCUAGUUAAUGAAUUAAAUUUUUCUAUGCAAAAAGUGCUAGAAGAACCUAUUAAUCUUUCUAUCAAAAAAUCUCGACAUUGCACUUCUUCUGAACUGCUCAGCAACACUUCUUUCCUGGCUGUGAAUACCAAAAUGAGACAACUUGGAAGCAAAGAAGAUUCCAAUAACUGUGAAAAGGACCAUUUUGAAAUGGAUAUGAAAAGCAAUCAGAAUGUCAGAGUUGACCCUAAGGAGCAGAAGAACCCCUAUGUGCGACUGGAACGUCUGAAAGUAUAUGUGUCAGAAGCAGGGGAGCUCCCGGUGUUUAAGCUCCAGCCACAGGACAAUGAGCAGGAGGGCAAUUUCCUCCUGAUAACAGAAUGUGGGAUGCAGUCUUCAAGGAUGUCUAUAAAGAUAAAUAACGAUAGACCACCUGAAGAACUGAAAUCCAAAGAGGGGAACUCAGAGGACAGAACAUUUCUUACAUCCCAGGCUGCAGGACAGGCACAGUCUCCUCCUGCAGAUGCUCUGUCUGUUGGCCAGAAGCUCAGCAACGGCACCUCGAUUGUGAAAAAAUCUCCAGUUACUGAGGAAGUCAAUCCAAUUGAAAACGAGGAUUUCUGUGCUGUAUGUCUUAAUGGAGGCGAAUUGUUGUGCUGUGAUCACUGCCCGAAGGUCUUCCAUCUCUCCUGCCACGUUCCAGCUCUGCUCAGCUUUCCAGUGGGAGAAUGGGUAUGCACUCUUUGCCGUAAUCCAGUGAAGCCGGAGGUAGAAUAUGACUGUGAAAACACACGCUACAGCCACAGCAGUAAUGCACAAUGUGGCCUUGAUGACUACGACCAGAAGAAGUGUGAAAAGCUGUUGCUUUCCCUGUUCUGCAGUAGUAUGAGCCUCCCAUUCCAUGAACCCGUCAGUCCUCUGGCUCGGCAUUAUUAUCAGAUCAUCAAAAGGCCAAUGGAUUUGUCAACCAUACGAAAAAAGUUGCAAAAAAAGGACAAAUAUCACUAUUCUUCACCUGAGGAGCUUGUGACUGAUGUGCAUCUCAUGUUUUGGAACUGUGCAAAGUUCAAUUAUCCAGAUUCAGAAGUUGCUGAGGCUGGACGAUGUCUACAUGUAUUCUUUGAGGGCAAACUGAAGGAGAUCUAUCCUGAAAGGCACUUUCCUUCAAUGCAACAAGAAGACUCUGAUUCUGAAGAGGCAGAGAGUCGGAAUAGCAAAAUACCACCCCAAGACUUUCAGUGGCCAUCAUAUGGACAGGAGUGCAUUCAGCCUAAAAAGAGGCGACGCCAUGCUGUAAGAUUGCAAAAACCAAAACAUUUGGUUGCUAAGUGGCCACCCACCUAAUUCCGUUUACAGCUACUGAUGGGAAGUUUUGACACGGCUAUAUGGGAAAACUGUCGAGCUUCUAUCACAGCGAUGUGAUCCAUUCUACAAUUUUAUGUCAAGAUCCUCAGAGUGAAGUGUCAGUUGUGUAUACACGUGUAAGCAUGAACAAAUGAAGUCUCUCAGGCUACACAGUUAUCUUUGUAGCAGAAAACUAUCAAGGUUUUUAAAAAGACUAAGCCCUCUAGCUAUUCACUGUUUGAAUCAUUCACACACAGAAAAGUGAAAAAAACUAAAAGAAUGAUGUUUCAGCCAGCUAACAGCCUUCCUCAGGUAUGACCUCCGUCAGAUAUGAGAUUUGCUUUGAGGAAUCUAGCAGCCUAACUGAGAGAGCUAAGGUGUGUGGGAGGACAGCAAAGCACUCGGGCUGUUUAUUUAAAUUCUCCUAAUCUGCUGACCAUAUGCCUUAUUCCUAGAUCUUGAGAACAGAUAACAGAUCCAAAGUGUUUGAAUCUGUCAAUAUUCAGCUGUUAAAUCAUGUAUAUGUUUUUGCAGUGUUUACACUGAAGUACUAACGUUUUGGUGGUAGGAAAUGAAGAUUAAUAAUAAAAGUAACAAUAAUAAUACCUGAUAUUGCAGUACCAUUUUAUAAUCUGUUCAACAUGACUUCUCUGUUUAAAGAGCACAGGUAACCAUGUAAUAAUCUUGCAACCUCGGUGUGAAUGUUGGCCAUACUUGGUGAUGAAUAUAACGUGGGGUCAUAAGAGAAGUAAUCCUGUUGUCUUAUUCAAUGAUUUUUCUAGGAGCUUGACUACUCAAGGCCUAUGAGAAACAGUCUAAUGUGAUUAUCUGGCAAGCCAUUUCCUUUGUAGCAGAGCAUUUUCAUUAAACCACAAAAGAAUAAGUGCUAAUAGUGCUAUUGUUAGGGCCCUGUGUGAGCUGUUUCUGAGUGCACACUGAAUGUUCUGUUUGCAAAAAAUUGCUCUCACGGUUUCUAAUUCAUGCUCUGUAAAGCAGUGUGGGAUUUCUUGGGUCUCAAAAGUAGUGCUUUUAUACAACCUAAGCCAGUUUUUUCUUUAAAGUAGGUAGUGAAAUUCACUAAAUUAACUAUGAAUCUAAUUACAUGGCUAUAAAAAUAACGUCAUAAACUUGUUUUUUCUUUGCUUAUUUCUUGUGAUUAUUAACAGUGCUAGAAGAUGAUGAUAAUGUGUAUGUGUAGAAGCUUAAGUAGAAAGAAAGAAUGCUUUUUUUCCCUAAAUUCCCCAACACAUUGGCAAAACACCGCCAAGCACCAGAAGAGCAGUUUUAAAGUUCUUUUGAGCAAAGGGUAGCAUGUAAUUGUAAAGCCUGAAGGGCAGGAUAGGUAACAAGACAUGACACCUGAUCAAAGAAUGAUGCUUUGCAAGCUACAUCUCUGGCAGGUGGACCAGAUCUUUGCAUGGCCAAUGCUUUCUUCAUGUGUGUAUGAAGGACAUCUUUCUUCUUAGAGUUCUGCCCAGCAGCAUAAAGCUGGGCUGUGGUCUGGCUCUGACAGAGAAGGGUAGUUGCAGAUCUCAAACGGAGUUAAUUUUCAUUAGUUUCCUGUAAAUAAAGAUGAUAUUUUUAGCAUAGUUUAUAUAGCCUAUUUGGUCUGGUAACUAUGUAUGUUAUUUUAGAUAACACUUUAAAGGUUUAUACGAGUAUACAAAAUAAUAAGAUGUGAAUGUUAUAUUCCAAUAUCUAUAUGACUUACUGUUUGCCAUUAACUUCAUCGAGAGCUAAUGUUUUCUUUCCUUUAAAGAAAUGAAAACCUGGAUAUUAUAAGCUGACUGGAAAACUGUGAGAUGAAGGGACAGCCUUUACCUCUUCUGUAUGUUAAUUCCUAUGUGUUUGCUUUCUACCUCUUUUUCUUGGAACAGUAAAUGUCUAGGUACAGAGAAAUGAAUCCAGCUUUUCAACUGAAUCACCCUUAUCUGUGCUACAGGUAUCGCCUUUUCUCAGUUGAUAAUUAAUUCUUCCACCAAAGAUGGAGGUUAAUCUAUUACCAUUAACAGUGCAAAAGUGAUGUGCUGUAGAGCCUUCACUGAGGGGUGAAGGUAGACGUGUGAGAGGUUAUUGUUGACUUCCUCUUUUCCUGAAAAGCAGAGUCAAAAAGAGCCUGCUUCUGUUUCUUAAAAGCUGUAAGAUUUUUAGUGCCACUAACUUGGGAGAACACCUGUUUUAAUAAAAUUUAUCCAGAGUUCAUUUUACCUUCAGUAAAUGUAGAAACAUACCAGUUUGUCGUCAUAUAAGAUACCCUUUGGAUAUGUGCUGGCAUGACUCUAUGGUCUAAGUGCUCUAGAGGCUAACUUUGUUUUCAAUUACUUCUCCAAAACAUAGUAACAAAAAAAUAUACUCAUAAACUCCAUGUCAUAUUGGUAAGCAGGACAAAAACUGAACUCAUCUGUGCUAUUCCACGUACUUUCAAACCCAAAUCUGUGGGUCAGCAACUUCACAAUGUACUGCACUUUGUAAGAUCAUUAUCCCUCUCAGACGUUGCCUUAAAAUUGCUGGCUUGUGAUGUUGCUGCUGCUGGACACCAUACCACGGUGGCCUGUAAAUGCCUGGGAUGUUUAUUCUGUUGAAGUCCAAUUGCCCCCUGGUAACAGCACUGACAGGCAUGAAAGGAAGGGUCUCUCUGUUAAAGUCUAACAGCCCAAGUGGUCGAAAAGAGAAUUGGUAGAUUAUGCACUUAUUUUCUUCUGUCACACAACCUGUUUCACAAUCCAGAAUGUGUAGGAAAGGAAGCAGGAAGGAACCCCUGAAGUUUUCCACUGGAAGUAAAUAUAGCAGAAACAAAUGCCAGGAACGCUGUGGAAACACUUGUGAACGCACUAGGUUCCUGCAAAUGCAAACAAGGGCACGAUUUUUCAUUUAAUCUUCAGUAAUGGCUCAUGUGUAGAAUGGGAAAAUGUUCUUUGUGCUUAGGAAGUUGGAAGAGAGAUUAAUUACACUUCAGUGAUAAGUCUGUUGAAGAAGAAAUGACAGCUACAAAUUUUACUUUCAUUCCCCUGCAGACAAUUUCAAAGACAUAAGUCUUCCAGUAUCAUCACAGCGGAAUGGCAUUGGAGUUAAUACAAACAGAUGUUUAACAGUUCAGAUUAUUGAAUGACUGCAUGUUUAUAUGUGUAAUGUGCUUUACUGAACA